AUGCGUGCCGCCGCCGCCGUCUCGCUCCUCCUCGCCGCCGCCGCCAGCUCGGCCGCAGCGUUCGAGAUCUCGUUCCCCAACUCCACCUCCUACUGGGUGGCCUGCAAGGAGAACACGGUCAACUGGUCGGCCAACAGCUCCGACCCGAGCAUCUUCUCCGUCGCGCUCAUCAACUCGAACCAGACGAGCCUGCGUGGCUCAUACCUCAUCGGCAACUCGCUGAGCACGGCCAACGGCACGGCCCAGCUGCGCCCCAACUGCAUCCCCGAGGGCAGCUACGACCUCCUCUUCGUCAACGCCUCGAACUACGCGCUGGACAACCCCGAGGUGUACUACCGCAGCGCGUCGUUCCAGCUGCGCGGCAACGAGACGGAGCUGGAGCAGGUGACGCCCAACACGGGCGCCUUCAACAACCAGCCCUCGAGCUCGAGCGGCAGCAACGGCGCCUCGUCGUCGACGACGUCGGGCGCGCCGCGC